UCGCAGCCGGCGGGAGGAGCGGGGAUGGAGCCGGGCCAGGAUUUCCCAUUCCCAACCCUUGGCUGGAUGGAGGAGGAGGCUGCAAGGAAGAGGAAGAUGCCCCGGGACACUGAGGCAGAGCAGGAGCUGUGCAUGGAGAGCAGGGAGGACAAAUCUCCAGGGCAGCAGAACCUCAUGGAAGAGGCUGUUUUGAGUGACUCCCCGGUGCAGGAAUCCGAUGGGGAGGAAAAGCCCCAGAGAUCCCCCAGGAGGAAGGGCUGUAAACCCAGCCCAGGGUACUCUGCGGAGGAAAGAGCCAGCCUGUGCCAGGAAGGUGGACAGAGCUUCAGCCAGAGCUCAGAGCUGGUGCUCCAUGAGCAGCUCCAUGAUGGGGAGAAGCCCCACAAGUGCCUGGAGUGUGGGAAGAGCUUCAGCUGGAGGUCCCGCCUGCUCCGCCACCAGAUGAUCCACACUGGGGAGAAGCCCUACGAGUGUCCUGAGUGUGGGAAGGGCUUCAGAGACAGCCCCCAGCUCACCAUCCACCAUCGCAUCCACACCGGGGAGCGGCCCUACGAGUGCUGGGAGUGUGGCCAGAACUUCCUCCGGAGCUCCCACCUGACCUCCCACCAGAAGAUCCACUCAGGGGAGAGGCCCUACGAGUGUUCUGAGUGUGGGAAAUCGUUUCCGACCAGCUCCCUUCUCCUCACCCACCAGCGGAUUCACACCGAGGAGAGGCCCUUCCGCUGCCCCGUCUGCAGGAAGGGCUUCAAGCACAACUCCCACCUCACCAGGCACCGGCGCAUCCACACCGGGGAGAGGCCCUACGAGUGCCCGGAGUGUGGGAAGAGGUUCAGGACCAGCUCAGUCUUGAAUCAACACCAGUGGAGGCACCGCUAAGGGAAGCCCUGCAAGUGCCCCAGC